ACUCGACGCACUGGCACUCUAGUCUGGUUCCCGUGCUACCAUGAAUACGACUUGCAACCCACGAACAGUCGCGACACGACGAAGGCCACCUUGCGGGACGCGUCGUCGCUGAGGCCAAUGCUCGCAAAUUGGGAGUCCCAGCAACCGGACCAGCUUUUGACGCGUGCGUCUGUCUAUGAGGCAGGACCAUAGCAAAAUUCUCCUCCAACUCUGAUUACAUCUUUGCAGCCAACCAAGCGAGCGGUCGCGCGUAGGGAAAAUGAUUCUUCUGGGUGCAUCGAACGGCAUGUCUGACGGCGGACAUGCGAACGGCGUGGCCAUGGAGGAUCAUCAAGAGCAGCGGCAGGCCGAAGACAAGCGGGAGACAAAUGAGGAGAUCGUUGGGGAACGUCCCAAGAAACGCGUCAAGCUUUCUGGUCGCGAUUAUGCCGCUUUCGCGUCUCGAGAAAUGGACGACAUUGAAACAGCGCUGGAAGUCGACCACAUGAUACUGGACUAUCUUCUCUACCAGGCCAUUAGUGCUUGUCUCGAUAGAAACAACGUGAGCAUAUGUCUUGCUCAGGCUGAUCAGUUCUUGCGCCUCUUCCAAGGUCGUUACCCAGCAUACCGACCAGAUCAGGAGUUGCACUUUCGACAACUACUCUUGCAGCUUGUGACGCUCGUCACGCAACGCUACGUACGAUGCCCUGCCACACCGGCGAAGUCCUCCCUGCAGUCUCUACGCGACAGCAAUCAAACACGAGCACGAACAUGGAUUGGCGAUGCCUCACGUCUUCCGACAGUGGAUGCUAACACCAAACCAUUUGAUAGCGCCCUUCCUGUUACAGCAGAAGAAUUGGAAGAAAAUCGCGCACACGUGCUGAGAAGUAUCGAUAUUCCACCGGAAGAUCAUGUCUACGAAGACGCAUUCUACGGCACCAGCGAGUGCGUUAGUCUUCUCGACCUCCUCCCUCUUUUCAUGCGCAUCUCUGGCGCCUGUUACACUAUGUUCUCGUGUCCGCCCACCGACACUUGGAUGCGCCUAGCAGCUGCUUGGAUGUUGCAAGCUUGUCUUGAGCAAUAUCUCAUUUGGGGCGCCAGUGGCUCGGACGCGAUUGACGAAGCUUUUGCGUGGGGACCCAAGCGACCUGAGGAUGUUCAAGAGGAGGGUGAGGAGAUGACGGGCGAAGCGCCAAAAAUACAUGACAGGAGGCGAGACGAAAACCCUUUCUGCUUAGACAUGGACGGUGAAGAUGCAGAGCUAUGGAAGGACAUCAGAACUCGCGCUUUGGAGACCAUACUAUCAGCCGAAGAUCAGUAUUGGAAAGAUCUUGUUUCCCAUUUGGCUGCUGUCUCGGAAAGACAUCCAUUGGCCAAGACUGACAAGGAAAUUGUUUGUUUUCUGAAGAGCCUGGCAGAGUGCAUUCCUGAGCCGGUACUUGUGCAGCUGCAGAAGGGGCAACUUCGAGGGAUGUCCAAAGAAGAAACGUCAGCAUUCAUCAGGCAAUGUGGGAUUGAUAUUGCAGAGCUAUUUGCCAGCGUGGAUGCGCAUGGAUGAAUACAGACGACGACAACACGGCAGCAGACCUGUCCGCGGUGGUGUGGUGGACCAUGCUCUUUGCCCAACGUUGAAUAACAAUGCAGUGAUACCCGAAGAGUAGACAUCAGCGUGAGUGGCAAAGAUGACCUUAUUAUAGAGGUUGUACGCCUGACUGCCAUCGUUUCGUCCACCACUGUACAGGAGCUGCUCGUAGUUGUGACGAGAUG